AUGGAUUCCCGAGCGUGUGCUUGCUUGCAGAGUGAAUUAGACCUUUUUAACGUGAAUCCUGUACAAUUAUCAACAGAAGACAGCUCAUUCACUGAGAUUUUUCCUGUUGCAUCUCUGAAUGAAAAGACGCCAAUUGAAUUUUACGUAAGCGGAAGUGGUGAACAUUAUCUGGACUUAUCCCAUACACUUCUGCAUCUACAAGUGAAAAUUAAAAAGAGAAAUGGAGCAGUAAUUGGAACGCCUGAUCAAGUGGCUCCUAUCAAUUAUCUCCUUAAUACGCUAUUUUCUGAAUGUUCAGUUACAUUAAAUGACAAGCAGGUUUCUUCGCAAGCUAACUACGCAUAUAGAUGUAUUUUCGAUGCUUUGCUUUCACCUCGAGCUGUUCAAGAAUCAAUGCUAACAUCGGGUCUUUUCUACAAAGACGCUGCUUCUAAGCAUGAAUCAGUAGAACUAGCUAAUGUUGGUGAUAAUGCAAAUUCCGGUUACCAAACUAGAUAUAACAUCUGCAAAGAUAGUAAACUUAUAGAUAUGAUAGGUCCAUUACAUUUCGAUCUAGGCAAUCAGAGCAAAUGUCUUAUAAAUUCGGUGAAUCUUCGGAUCAAAUUAGAAAGAAAUAAGGAUUCUUUUGCUCUGAUGUCAGCCACGCAAGAUUUUAAAGUAGUUAUAUAUCACGCAUCAUUAUUUGUUAGGAAAAUUAAAGUCGCUCCCUCAGUCGUGAUUGCCCAUGAAUUAGCUUUAAGCAAGGGAGUUAUAAAAAUGCCUAUUCGCAGAACAGAAGUGAAAUCAUUCGCACUUUCUUCAGGAAUGCAAUCAAUAACUAUCCCUAAUGCGUUCAUUGGACAAUUACCGACACGACUUAUAAUGGGUAUGGUAUCUAAUGCUGCAUUUAAUGGGGAUUUUUCAAAAAAUCCAUUCAAUUUCAAGCAUUAUGAUUUAUCAUAUCUUUGUAUAUUAGAUGGCAAUCGUAUGAUUCCGUCAAAGCCCUUUCAACCAAAAUUUGAUAAUUCUAACAGUUACAGCAGAUGUUAUAUGAGUCUAUUUACUGAUUUGGGUAGAUAUCAUAAAGAUCAAGACAUUAAUAUAAGUUACACUGAAUAUAAAGAUGGGUAUACGCUGUUCGCUGUAGAUUUGACGCCCGAUCUCAACGCGGACGGAAUGCACGAAAGUAUUUCACGCAAUGGUAAUUUAACUAUUGAUAUAAAAUUCAGCAAAGCAUUAUCUGAAACUGUAAAUUUAAUAGUUUUUUCAGAGUAUCGAAAUACUAUAGAAAUCGACAAAAGUCGCAGUAUUUUUUCAGAUUUUUGAAAAUGGAUAGCACAACUUUGUGCAGACUUGCAUGCAGCGACUUCCGUCUACGUUCUAAAUUUGGAGGCGUAUACGCUUCAGAUGAAUUGCCUAAGACAAUAGAUAGUUAUUCAUGUUUUAUUGUAAAUUUAGAUCCUAAAACAAAACCGGGAAGUCAUUGGGUUGCAAUAGCAUUUCGGAAUAACAAAUGUUACUAUUUUUGUAGUUAUGCUUCUGUGCCGAAUAACAAAUAUAUUUUAAAGUUCAUAGAAAAUAACGCUGCAAAAUUUGCUUGGAACAAAUGUAGAUAUCAAAGCUUAGUGUCGUAUACUUGUGGUCAUUUUUGCCUUCAUUUCUUGUACAAUUUUGUGAGAAAGCAAACUUUGUCACCUCUAGAUUCUAAUAAAAUUGAAAAUAACGAGAAGUUUAUUAAAAAAUUUGUAGCUAGCAAAUUUCGUUUACAAAAUUGCUGCUUUUCUCCAUAUUCAAAUCAAAUUUGUGAAGCUCGUGAUUUCAGAAAUAGACGUCUUUAGACAUGUUUCAACAGAAUAUAAUUAUAUAUGCUCUCUCUAUAAAUUUAACAUAUUUUUUUGGAGGUCACUUUUCAUACAGAGCAUAUAAAAGAGAUACACUAACUGUGGAAUUCUCAUUGUGCUUCAACUGAUUCAGCAGAAACGAUGACUUCCGAACUGAGAUAUGGCUUUAUGUACUUGAAGCGUACUGGAUCAGCUUAUAUGAUUCAUUGCUUCACCGAUUCCCUUUACGAAAAUAUGAUAUCCUGUGUUCAAGCUGCGAACUCCUAUCAAAUGGAUACAGUCGAUUCAGACUGCAGAUUGAAGAUUGCCUAUUUCAAGGUUCUCAACAAUAAUGAUAUUGUCAGAGAACUCCAUAACGGUUCUGCUAUGAAUUAUCGACAGACAUUUGAUUGUAAAACGUAAUACAAAGCGAACUUCGGCGAAUCAAUUACUCAUGAUUCAAAGAUCUGCAAUGGAAUUGUUGACAACUUCAAAGAAAAUAAAUGUAAAUACUAAACUAUACAGCUAAGAUACUGAGAAUAGCUCAGCAUUGUAAACUCUAUAUAAAAUUGUAAUACUAAGCAGCACUAACUGUCAUUUAAUGUAACAUCAUCAAUGAAUCGAUGUUCUACAUGCAUAAGCAACACGAAGAAACUGAUUGUACCACUCGAUGUAAUAUUUUAACAAUCCCUGAAUAAAAAUAUAAUUUAACUGUAUAAUUGCGUCUGUCUUAUUUUGCUUCGCUACAUCAGUAUGUUUUUUGUAAUAUCCUAUAUCACCGUAAAAUUACGUUGUUUUAUUCUCAAGGUGGUGAAAGUGGGUUAAGGUAGGAAAAUGCACAUAAAGUUAUUUUAAAAUUACUUUAAGGUCACCAGUUCAGGGAGAACAAGGCGUUCCUGGGAAAUUCUACAGAUAAUAAACAAUUAUUCCAUUGCCACUUACAUAAACAGGGGUAUAAAUAUAAGCUACAUCAGCCUUUGUACAUAUACUACCGAUCUUGUUGAAGACUUCAUCUUCAUCUCUGUCUCCGUCUUCCUCAGAGUGCGUGUAUCUAAGUACUACUCAGCUAUCAUGGACAGUCACAAAGCGAGCGUCAGCUUAACUGAUAGCGAUUCAGACGGCGAGCAGUUAUUUCCCCUUCCUUCCAAGGAAAAGCAUACAAGCGGUAAA